AUGACAAGCGCGUCAACGCCCGAUUCUCCGAAAACCCGUAUAACAGAUAGUCCCGACGGAGUCUCGUUAAAUGGAAGUUCUAGGCCCGGAAUCGGGAAAGAUGCGACUCUUAUGCCUCCGGCAAAGACGCUGGUCGGAAGAGCGCUAGGAAAUGACCUGCAUUCCGAUGCCCACAGAGGCUCACAGGCAUCCAAGGAUGGUGUCGGGUUCGCCCUAACUGACACUCCGGUUUCUACCGCACCUUCGUCUCCACAAUUCAAUGCUAACACACCAACUACGACCGCCUCCACACCUGGUCGGGUUCGUGCCACCACACUUGAUAUUCCAGGUCUCACCAAAUCCAAGGUGUCGCCUGAUGGCCGGAUUGCUCAACGCGAUGUUGGGUCCAAGCUAGUCAUUGUAAUGGUCGGCCUCCCAGCGCGAGGGAAAAGCUACGUGACCAAGAAGUUGGCUCGCUACUUAAACUGGCUACAGCAUGACACCGAGAUUUUCAAUGUAGGAGAACGUCGUCGCGUUGCCGCUGGCAAGUCGUCCUCACCUCCUGGAAGGCAUAGGAACCAUAGAACAAGUUCGAUCCAGAAAGAUCUUGUCGACUCGGUACGACGUUUGAGCGUCAGCGUUGGUGCGGUGAACCAUCUCCGGAAGACUACGGUCCCUUCCGAGGUCAUAUUAUCGCCUCCUGAGGCCCAUGAGCCUACAGCUUCCCCUCCCGAACUCGAAAACUCACUUCCGCCGCCCGUUGUCCCCACAAAGAUCCUCGUUAACGGUAAGGAGGAAGAUCCAUCUCUGGGGCAAAAUGGAAUCACUAUUGUGCCACCAUUCAAUGCGUCACCAGAAGACAAAUUCUCUAUGCAAGAAGCGUCCCCUGAGCCGCUUGACCAGUCUGCAAGCUUUUUCGACCCCCAAAAUCAGCUGGCCGUGAAGCUUAGAGAGCAGGUAGCCCUGGACACCUUAGACGAAUUGUUGGACUAUAUCCUCGACAGAGGUGGCAGUGUUGGCAUCCUUGACGCAACUAACAGUACGAUGGAGCGCCGCAAAGCAGUUGUAGAUCAUAUUCGCAAGCGUGCUGGUCCUGAGCUCGGUAUCUUAUUCCUCGAGAGCAGCUGUGUUGAUCCAGAGCUGCUGGAGGCCAACAUGCGCUUGAAAUUGUCAGGUCCGGACUAUAAGGGCCAGGACCCAGUGAAAGCAUUGGAGGAUUUCAAGAAACGUGUUCAGCUAUACGAGAAAUCCUACGUGCCUCUUGGUGAAUACGAAGAAAAGCAUAAUAUGGCUUAUAUCCGAAUGAUCGACGUGGGUCGCAAGGUUGUGUCGCAUCAGACUCACGGUUUUCUCUCAUCCCAAGUUGUCUACUACCUGUUGAACUUCAACCUUUCACCGCGGCAAAUAUGGAUUACCAGGCACGGCGAGAGUAAGGACAACCAGGCAGGCCGAAUCGGCGGUGACUCAGAACUCAGUGAGAACGGCUAUCGCUAUGGCAAAGCACUUGCUCGGUUCAUCGAUCACCAACGAAAUGAGUGGGAAAUGAACCAGAGACAGAAAGAGAUAAUGCAGAAGUUUCCGCCCCGUCCGGGUGAUAGCACUCCGCCCAACCCUUCGUACAUUCCCAGUGACCGGCCACGCAAUUUCUGUGUUUGGUCCUCCAUGAUGCAGCGUGCGGUUUCGACGGUCGAGUGUUUCAACGAGGAUGAAUAUGAUGUCAAGCAAAUGAAGAUGCUCGACGAGCUUCAUGCGGGAAAGAUGGAGGGCAUGACAUAUGAUGAAAUUCGCGAAGCGUUUCCCGACGAAUACGCGACUCGCAAACGCGACAAGCUGUACUACAGGUAUCCAGGACCCGGCGGGGAAGGGUACCUAGAUGUUAUCAACCGACUUAGAGCAGUGAUUGUCGAGGUGGAGCGAAUGACCGAUCAUGUUUUGUUGGUCACUCACCGAGCCGUAGCACGCGUCCUUCUAGCCUACUUCAAGGGCCUGAAAUGCGACGAGGUGACGGACCUAGAUGUGCCUUUGGGGAUGUUGUAUAUGCUUGAGCCCAAGCCAUACGGGGUUGAGUUCAAAGCAUACCGCUACAAUCCCAAUACCGACUGGUUCGAUUAUAUUCCCAAUUUUGAACUACGCCAAGCCAGCGCCAAUUAA